AGAAGCUGACGCAACUAACAGGACCAAAUCAGUCCGGAAGAUCACCACCGUAACACAAAGCAAAUUAUUGUAUGUGUUACAUCUGUAGAAGGUUACUGAUCUGCUUGCAUUGAGAAAGAGUAUUCAAGAUUCCUGGAUGGGCAUGUAACAGAGUGAAAGGGAAGCUCAAUACAGUCACAGCAAGAAGGAGGCAGAGGGCAGCAGUGACUGAGCUGAGCAAAAGUUCUUGAAGAGUGUAGAGUGAAAACUCUGAACAAUUUAUUCAGACCAUGCCUGACAAAAGUACUGAAGCUAUGCUGAAUGGUGCUAUUCCAGGUGAGAUGGUGAAGAAAGAUGAAAACUUGAAGCGUGGGAACUGGUCCAAUCAAAUCGAGUUUAUCCUCACUAGUGUUGGAUAUGCUGUAGGUCUUGGAAAUGUCUGGAGGUUCCCAUAUCUGUGCUACAGAAAUGGAGGAGGUGCUUUUAUGUUUCCCUAUAUCAUCAUGCUGGUCUUCUGUGGUAUUCCUCUUUUUUUUCUGGAGCUUUCCUUUGGACAGUUCACCAGUCAAGGAUGUCUGGGUGUGUGGAGAGUAAACCCUAUGUUCAAAGGAGUCGGGUAUGGGAUGAUGGUUGUAUCCUCGUACAUUGGAGUCUACUACAAUGUGGUCAUUUGCAUCGCCUUCUACUACUUCUUCUCCUCCAUGACUUCAGUUCUUCCAUGGACAUACUGCAAUAAUAACUGGAACAGGAAAGACUGCAGCAGCAUGCUGAAUCCCAACAGAACUUACAACUUCACUGAGCUGUCACAGAACAUCUCAACAUUGCUGAACCAAACUGCAAAGAGGACCAGUCCCAGUGAAGAGUUCUGGAAUUAUUAUGUACUGAAGACCUCGGAUGGCAUUGGAAAUUUUGGGGAGGUCCGCCUUCCUUUGCUGGGAUGCCUUGCUGUGGCCUGGUUUGUAGUCUUUCUGUGCCUCUUUAAAGGGGUCAAGUCUUCAGGAAAGGUGGUGUACUUUACCGCAACAUUUCCAUAUGUCGUGCUGACUAUUCUGUUUGUCCGGGGGAUAACACUGAAAGGAGCUGUAAAUGGCAUCACUUACUAUCUCACUCCUCAGUGGGACAAGAUUUUGGAUGCAAAGGUAUGGGGUGAUGCAGCUUCCCAAAUUUUCUACUCUCUGGGAUGUGCUUGGGGAGGCCUAAUAACCAUGGCUUCUUACAAUAAGUUCCACAAUAACUGCUUCAGAGACAGCAUCAUUAUAAGUAUUACCAACUGCGCAACCAGUGUUUAUGCUGGGUUUGUCAUCUUCUCCAUUCUUGGAUUUAUGGCUGAACACCUGGGAGUUGAUGUCUCAAACGUAGCAGAUCACGGUCCUGGACUGGCCUUCGUGGCCUACCCAGAGGCUCUGACCUUGUUGCCGAUCUCACCCUUCUGGUCACUUCUGUUUUUCUUCAUGUUGAUUCUUCUGGGGUUGGGUACGCAGUUCUGUCUGCUGGAAACAUUGGUCACUGCUGUUGUUGAUGAAAUUGGCAGUGAUUGGAUUCGCAGACGAAAGUCCCUUGUCACUCUAGGAGUUGCCAUUAUUGGCUUUCUUCUAGGAAUCUCACUAACUACACAAGCUGGCAUUUACUGGCUGCUUCUCAUGGAUAACUAUGCAGCCAGCUUUUCACUAGUGGUGAUUUCCUGCAUUAUGUGUAUUGCGAUCAUGUAUAUUUAUGGACAUAAUAACUAUUUCAAGGAUGUUGAGAUGAUGAUUGGUUAUCCACCUCCAAAGUUCUUCCAAAUUUGCUGGCGUUUUGUUUCUCCCAGCAUUAUCUUUUUCAUACUGGUGUUCACUGUGAUCCAGUAUAAGCCCAUCACUUACAAUAACUACAUCUACCCAAAGUGGGCUGUCACUCUCGGUUUCCUGAUGGCACUCUCCUCAGUAAUCUGUAUUCCAAUUUAUGCCUUUUGGAAGAUUUGCAAUACUGAUGGUUCCACAUUUUGGGAGCGCCUGAAAAAUGCAAAUAAACCAAGCAAGGACUGGGGACCUGCUUUACUGGAGCACCGUACUGAUCGAUAUUCCACACUGGGCAGCCCAUCCUACGAUUUCAGCCUUGAAAUUCAACAGUUGAAUCCGGAUAAGGAACGAGAAAAGGAGCAGCUACCAACAGAAAAUAUAGAGCAUAACCUCAACUUACAGGGCAGCAAUGGUUCUGCCAGAACACAGAACCUUAACGUGUAGUCAAAAUCAUUUUUAAAUCAAAGAAGAUAAUUAAUUUGUGGUGGAGGGGGGAUGGUGGUUGGGUCAGGAAAUAAAAGCCUUCAUCUUAUAGUGAAAGGAUCUGCUCCUAUAAUUUCCUGUACGAUCUAUGGAUUUUGACAAGUAGUCAACACAAUUUAAUUGAUUGAUCUUUCUUCAGGUAUCGACAUUUUUUCUUUUCAUUCAUUUUAAAAAUUAUCAGUAUAGCUGCAUAAUUUAAUAUUUAACCUUUUUUUCAAGAAAUCAAUUAUUUUUGUUGUCAUUUUGCAGAAUUCUAUACUUCUUGUGGAAAUUACUUGUACCUUUAUGCAACUGAGGGGUGACCUUCCCAGUUGCAAAGAUUUAUUUGAUUCUGAUUUUCGUUAGGCAUCUGUUUGUGUCUGCCUACUCCACGCAAAAGCACUGCUUCUUUUCAACAGCAUGAAUAUAUUACACAUGUAGAAUACUGAAAAGGUAGAAGGAGACUUUGUGAAGGGACUGGUUAAUGCCACUUCAAUAUGAAGUGUGUGACAGCACAAAUUUCCAAGUAACCACUCGUUCACCACACACCAAACUAAGGGACAUCCUCCUUCUUCAAAGAACAGGAUUUCCCUUCCUCCGCCAUUGACGCUGCUCUCAACCACAUCUCCUCCGUUUGCAGAACAUCUGUACUCAUCCAUCUUCCUGCUACCUUAACAGUGACAGUGUUCCUUUUGUCCUUAUCAUGCUUCCGCAUCCAACACAUCAUUCUCCACAACUUCCGCCAUCUCCAAAGGGAUCCUAACACGAAACAUAUUUUACCCUCUUGCCCACUGCUUUCAACAUGGAUCGCUCCCUCUGUGAUGGCCUUGUCCAUUUGCCCUUCCUCAUUAAUUUCCCUCCCAACUAUUAACCCUGCAAUCAGCUAAAGUACACCUCCUCCCUCACCUCCAUUCAGGACUCUAUACAGUCCAUCCAGAUGAGGCAACACUUCACCUGCAAAUCUGCUGGGGCUGCAGCCUUCUCUACAUUGGUGAGAUUCAUUGUAAAUUAUGGGAUCACUUUGUUGUGCACCUCUGCUCCAACCACCAAAAACAGAACUUCUUGUUAGCCAAAUAUAUUAAUUCCAAUUCUCAUUCCCAUUCCAACAUGUCGAUCCAUGGCCUCCUCGUACCACAAUGAGGCCACCUUCAGGGUGGAGGAGCAACACCAUAUAUUCCGUCUGGGUAGCCUCCAACCUGAUGGCACAAAUAUAGAUUUCUCCUUUGGUUAAAAAAAACUUUUUCUUCCCCUCCCCUCUCAUUCUAUUUCCCACUGUAGCCUCUUACCACUCCUCACCUGCCUUUAAUCUUCCCUUGUGUCCUUUCCUCUUUCCCUUUCUCCCAUGGUCCACUCUUGUCUCCUCAGGUUCCUUUCUCUCCUUUUCCUUUCCCAUCCACUUGGCUUCACCUAUCACCUUUUAGCUUUUCUUCUUCCCCUCUCCCCCCUCUUUUGUUUUGACAUCUCGCCCUUUUCUUUCCAGUCCUGAAGAAGGCUCUUGGCCUGAAACAUCAGCUGUUUAUUCAUUUCCAUAGAUGCUGCCUGACCUGCCAAGUUCCUCCAGCACUGUGUGUGUUGCAAGAGAUACAGAUUUCCUGAUUCCUUAAUAUACUAGGUUUGUUCAUCUUUUUUCUUAAUGUGACACUGAUUUUUAAAAUAUAUUACAAAAUUCAAAGCUGUCCAGUUAUUAAGAUAUUUCUGGUAACCUUAUGCAGAACACAAACAAAAGAUAUAUCACACAUAUUUCAAUCACUUAUACAAAAGUUCUACAGUGUUUGCAUAAGUUUUGCUAAAGCUACUGGAGACAGCAAUUCCUUGUAUUUUCAGUUUGUAAAACAUGGCCUCACUGUCAGGUUAAAAAGUCUCUGUCAUCUAAUAUGAUGCUUUCAUCACCAUCGUGUUCUUUAAUGCCAGUACCUCUUCACAAGAAGAUCUGUAGCAGUAAACCUUUAACUAUAACUAAACCAGCAAUAUAGAGUAAGUGACAUAUUAUCAGACAUGCAUGUCCAGUAUAAAUAGGAAUAUUUGAUUCUUUUACUCAUAUGACUAGUACUUAAUUUUUUCGAGUCUAUUAACGUGUUUGAACCUGCUGAUCAUCUAACUUGUACUAUUUCAGAGGAAGUUAAAAAUUACAAAAUGCUAUCAGUAUAUCUAAAAGGCAGCAACUUGCUAAUGUAUAGCAAAGAAGCUGAAGCUGAUAAUGCAUCAUGAGGAUGUUUAUAUCUGCGGAACAUACCAUUUUAGGUAUUCAGUUAACACUUUAGUACACUUCAUUGGAAGAGCUUUUGGAGAUGUUUUAACGGCACUAGAAUCAAUUAAGUAAUAGGUUUUCUUUGAUUAAAAAUCUAUUUUGUAAAAAUACUAAGUAGGAUGUUAGAAGUAAUAGUGCAAAGAAAUACCGCAAGACGCCUAAUACGUAGUUGAGUGUGAUUCUGAAAUAGACACUUUUACAGUUUUUAAACUCAAUUACCAUAAGAUGACAACUAGCAGUUUUCAAGAUCUCUUGUGUUUGGGUUUUAGCAGCGCUAGGAUGGGGAAGCUGGGAAAAUUUGAACUUUUGGUUGCUUAAUCUUUUAUUUUACCCACACCCUGCAAAAGAAGAAAUAUGCCAUUUCAACAAAACAGGUAUGAAUUUUUACAGCCACCUAUUUAUCAGGAAGUCACAAUACAAUUCCUUGAAUAGCCAAGACUUACUGAGCUCAAUUUAUAAAUGGGUAUCUGCCAUUCCUAUCCAGAAAUAUGAGAGGAUUUUUCACAUAACCCAGUUGUCAUUUUCCUGAAUGAAUUAACAUUAAAUGCGGUAUUCCCUUGAUUCACCAAAAAUUGUAUGAUUUAACCUUCAGAAGAACUCCUGACUGCCUUUUCAAAACAUGCCAAAAGAUUUUUUAUGAUACAGACAUCCAAACAUUGCAACAGUUCAUCCUGCCAAUUAAUACUAUACUGGAGAUGAUGGUUUAACUAAACCAGCAAGUUGCCAUGUAAACUUGCCUUACAUUGAUCAUAGUUCAUCUCAAAUUAUAUAGUUGAAAAUAGUUCCUACUACCUAACGUAGAUGAAUCAACAGAUAUCAUGGACUCAUUGCCAUCUCCACAAUGGUCUUGGGUUAAAGGCAGAGGCUGUACACAAAAGCUAAAACUAAAAUUGGGAAGGUGUUCACAUCUACGCAGGACUCUUUGUUAGAAGAGGUAGAACAGCACAAACAGAUGCUUUAAACAUUUGUUCUUUCGGAUUAUUUUUAAAGAUCAAAACCAACCCGCUUUCUCCACUCUCACCACUGCCAAAACAAAGUUGUAAUGAAAUCAGUCACCUCACUUUAUUGGUCAGUCUUUGAAAUUCAUGUACAGUUACAUUCAUGUGUCAAAUUAUUGUAAAGUACUUGAAUUGUACAGUGUACAUUCCAGUCCUAAAUUUACAAAUGCAGAAAGGGUUUACGCCAAAUGAUUUUGUGCUUAAAUCCAAAUUUUGAUUAGAUUGGAAUUUCCAUUUAAUGGAAAUACAUGAAAUGUUCCAUUAAGGUUCAAGUUCUGAAACAAAAUUAUGUUUAUAUCAGAAUACUUGCAUGAUGGGAAUGGUCAUAAUGGGAUUUUGUGCCUGGCUGCAAAACAAAUUUAUGUAGAUUCCAUUGCAUUUGCUUGAAAAUGUUAAACCUUGAUUCCAUGAAUGCAGUUUGACAAAGUAGACAUUGCCAAUUAGAAGCUAUAAAUUAAAUUAUCUCUCUCUUCCCUUGUUCUCCUUACUAACCCUAUCCCUGCCUCAUUCUAUGCUAAUAUCAUUCUCAUCAUUUCAAUAUUUUCUUUAUUCAUAUCUCUAUGGGGUUUAGUUCUGGAUGGGUAAUUAAAUGUCAUCUUUACUGCACUGUGGUUGAGACAAAUAGUAUAGAACUCUAGCCUCAGAGCCAGAAGGUUAGAGGUUUAAACCCAAUUGCUUUACCAAGAAUAAAAAUUAAUACCUUACUUUAAUAUUGAGAGAGUACCAUCUUUAAAAAGAGGUGUUAAACAGGAACCAGUCUUCCCUUCCUGGAUGACAUAGAAGAUCCCAUAGCGCUAUUUCAAAGAACAAUGGUGCUGCCUCCAACUUCAAUGGCUAUUAAGCACUUUAAUAACCAACAUUUCAACUUAAGCCCUCUGUUAGAUGUACAGAGUGAAUAAUUAGUUUCCCAUCCUUAUGACACAUACUUCACCCCUUCAGACUGCACAAGUUACUUUCUUAACAUAAUGGGAAAUAGUUUACAAACUACAACCAAAAAUACAGUAAAUACAAAUUUCAUUAUGCUGAGCUAUAUUAUGUCCCAUAAUUCAUAUUGAUAAAGCAAUAGGCUGCACUUUGUUGACUUUUAUUAGCGGACAUAGGAAAGAGUAUAUUUUCACACAGUUUAGUCAAAUGAAUGUCAUGUUUCAGUCUAAGGAAGUUUGACCUAGAUCAUCUACACCUCUACAGCUUCCUGGCUUGAUGCUGUUGUAACAUUGAUAUAUUGGUAUUAAUAUUCAGUGGCAGACUGUAUUUGAGCUUAAAGAAAUCUUUUCCUCAAUUUGUCAGGUAGCAGUGGCAAAAUGUCUGCAAUGAUUAAGGUUAAUUCAGUGGAGCUUGACUGCUAAUAAUUUGUUUCACCAAGGACAUACGUAGUCACUAAACAGGCUCAAUUAAAUUUGACACACAGGUCAUUUAAAAGACUGCCUCACUUGUACUCUAGGAUAGCUAUUUGCCAGCCAAUACAGUGCAUAAAAACUUUCACAAUGCCAGUGCUUCCCUAGUCAUAGAUCUCAGAGACUAUUACAUUUUCCAGUCCAGGUUACUUCAAUGUCAACAAUAAAUCAUUUAAUUUAAAAAUAAACAUAAUUUAAAUGGUUUGCUGCUCACUUCAAAAUAACAAUGUUUGCACAAUUCAAGCUUGUAAUUCCCUGUAUUACAUAGUGUUGGUAAUAUCUACAAUAUACACAUGCAUUCAGUCUCUCUCUCUUACACCCACACACACACUCACACUCUCUCUCUAGAUGAUGUUUACACUGUUGUAGACUUUGGACUGUACAAACGUAGAAAGCAUCAGUAUUACAUGACCCCAUUAGUGGCACAGAGUAUUGUAGAUUGGGGGUGAUUUUGCUCUUGAAUGUGACUGGAUUUUACACUACACUGAAAUGCUUAAAUUGAGUUGGGGUGGAGCUGCUUGGGGUUGUGGGGUGGGGUAGGGGUUAGAUUUCAUUCUUCACAUUUUGUGAAGUUUCUCAAGCACACAACUUUUAUAUAGUGUAAACAGUGAUCUGGAUUGAGCCAUGUUUCUGGUUCAUUUUAGUGCUCUCUUUACUCUCUAUUUUAAUCUGUUUUCUAUCCAUGUACUUGGUCUAUCUCAUUUUCAAAAUUGCCAAACCUUUCAACCUUUUGCCUAUUUAUAGCUGUAAAUAUGUAGAUUUGUAAUCUAUCCUAUUUGCCAUUGCCCAAUUUGUUCACCUUUUCUGACUGGCAAGCUCUUGUAUUCAUUCAGUAAAGGUUUUUGGGGAAAUCUUUGUAACCCACGCUUCCUUCCUACCUCUGACAUUUAUCAAUAUAAAAUACUCAUACUCUAUUUAAUGUAUAAUUUAAAUUGAGCACCACCUUGCAUUUCCUUUUAGCUGUGUGUGCUGAAAAAUAAGGGAAGGGUUUACUUUCCAAUGUGCCAAUAGCUCAAAAUGAGAAAUGUAAUUGUGUACACAGUUUUCUCUUGAUAGUGUAUAUUGUUUCAAGUGACUGUAAUCUGUAGUCCUAUACUUAUGGAAGUUUACCUGACAUUUUUUUAGUGUUUAGAAGACAGAAACAAACAGUAUAUAAGAAGCUACUUAUAUAAAUCUCUUUGAGUUUGGGGUCAGUUGCAUAUAUCAGUCAUUAACAAAAGCUGUAAAUCGCAUUUCCAAAUGAGACUGAGUUGUGUUUAUAUUACUUGUGGUUCUUGUAUUUAAUAUAAUUAAUAAAACUAUAAUUAUAAUAAUAAAACUACUUAUCAAAGGGAAGAUGUCACCAAACUGAAUAUUUCAUUAAGUAAGUGAUUUAUGCAGGUUAAACACCAUUACAACAAAACCUAUUGCUGUAAUUCAGCAAUAAAUAUCUCCUCCAUCUUGGAUUUGGUUUCUGAGUUUUAAUGAAAUUUUACGAACUAUAUAGUUUAGUCCUCCAAUCCAAGACCACCACCACCCCCUCUAUUUCAUGAGAAGUAGAAUUUUCUCACAAACACCUUAUAUUUAGAUCAGCAAGUGAAUUGCUUGAUGUAAAAUGUGCAAGAGUUUUCUUAGAGGCAAAAGUUAAAGAUGAACAAUAAUUCUCUUAAUCCCUUUUCAACAAGUCAAACUGAUAUAAGCCAAAUCCAGUUAUUUUUCCCUGGAAAAGAUGAAAAUGUCUGUAUUAUCCAUUUUUUUCGCUUACUCACGUAACUAAUUCCCCUCAUUACAGAUGCAACCAGUUAACUAACCUGAGAACUCUCAGGCUGUGCCAGACUUUACCCACAUUAUGAUGUCUCCUAAAUUUACAUUGUGUUUUAAAAUAUGAAUGACUGCCUUAGAGUCCAUGGGGCAACUCCACUAGCCAUUGUAGACAGAGUGCACAUGAUAUGAAGACUUGAAGCAGCAAACUUAUAGUGUAUUCACUCCUAGUCCAUGCUACAGCUGACUGCCAUAGCAAAAUUCGUGUGCAGAAAUUCUUCCUUAUCAGUUGCAAUGAAACCGAACAUCAGAAGUAGGGUAAAAGGCAAUAUUGCUACAAUUAGUGCACAUUUAACAUCCCCAAACAGAAUGAAUCUUUAACCAAAUGAUGAUCAGACUUGCUUCAGCUUAUUGUGGAUAAAAACUUAAAUUAUACGUAGAAUGUACUACAGGCUGAAAAACUUGUUUCCUAUAAAGUGCGAGACAGUUGUCUAAUUAUAGUCAGGUUUAGUAGGGUUGGUUGAGGAUGGUGGAAACCAAUAUAGAGCCAAUCCCCAUAGAUUCCAUUUGGUUGGUGAACCUGGUAACAUGACGGAUUGAAAUAACCUCUCUUCCACUCCAGACCUGGCUGGAAAUAGCACCAUCUACUGGUGACUGUGAGAUAUGUUAAGCUGCUCAACCCACUUCUUAACAUUACAUUUCAUUCACUUAUUGGCUGAAAGAGUGUGUGGAAAUAUACCGAGACAGGAGAGACUAAAGAUGCUCUAAAGAAACACAAGAUGCUGCAGGAACACAGCAGGUCAGGAGGCAUUUAUGGAGAAAAUAGGUAGUCACUGUUUCAAAUUUGGACCAUAAAUCUGAACUGUAUGGUUAUCAGUCUAGAUCAAUUUUUCAACCUGAAACUUUUCCCUCGGUAGAUGCUACCUAACCAUCUGAGUUCUUUCAGGAUCUUGUGCGAUGCUGCUGCCUAGUCAAUUAUUACAGUAGAUUUAUUCACAAAAUUGUUUUCAGUGCCUACAGAAUAUCAGCAUUCACAUUUCAAAUUAAUAAUUGGCCUUAAUUGGCAUAUAAAGUGACCAAGUCAAAGUUGUCCUUUCAAUUUUGAUUUCCACACACUAAUAGCUGCUUUAAGGUGCCAAUUCAUUCAGCUUUCCGUGACUGAUUUUAUGCAACAGGCCCCAUGUUGGUGCUGAAGGGAUAGUGUAACUGUAGGAGGAUUCAUUGCAGAACUGCAUGUUAGCACAAUUUUCAUUACAUCAGACAAAACUGCUGUAAAUUUUAUUCAUUUACAAACUGAAACCCAGCAAAGCUUUAAAAUGGAACCUGUAGAUUCCAGAGUAAGUUUAUUUUAGAAUUGGUCAGAAAUGUGAAUUAAAAAAUUAAUUA